GAUAAAGAAUAUUAAGAUUACUUUUUGAUAUGAAAGAAAAGAGUAGGGAGGGAAUGGAUAGUUAAGGCGACCCUUUAAUGUCCGCUUGUGAUUUCAACAUGACUCUAAUAUUUUAUAUUUAAAAUAAUGCUAUAAAAGAGAGUAAUUAUAAAAUGAUAUCUACAAAUUGGGGGGAAUUGUUUCCCGGAAGAUGGAGUCUUGUCAUUUUUCUUUCUUACAUGGCACUUUUUAUCAAUCAAGGAAUUAUUGUAACAUGGUCUCAAACGAAUGGUCAAUACGAAUAUAAUAUUGUAGCAGUGGUAUUGUUAACAGAAGUUUUAAAAUUAAUUGUAUCGGCUAUUUUGUAUUGGAAAGAUAACAAAAUAUUAUCUCUUUUCCAAGAGAUAGUAAUACAUAAAAAGGUGCUUCUACUGUACUUAAUACCUUCAUUUUUAUACUGCCUGUACAAUAAUUUGGCAUUUAUCAAUUUGGCUGUAUUUGAUCCAACAACUUACUAUGUUCUAUUGCAAUUUAGGGUUGUUAUGACAGGAAUUAUUUUUCAGCUCAUCUUUAAAAAAAAAUUAUCUGUAAAGCAGUGGUUGUCUUUGUUAUUAUUGACGCUUGGUUGUAUGAUAAAACAUGUAAAUAUUAGUAUGGAUGAAGAUGUUAGUACAAAAUUUGUACUAAAUAAAAAUAUUUAUCUCAUCUUUAUUCAGACUUUUUGUUCAUGCUUAGCUGGCGUUUAUAAUGAAUAUUUGCUUAAACAAGGAGCGAAUAUAAAUAUUUUUGUACAAAAUGUAUUCAUGUACAUAGACAGUAUUUUAUGUAAUGUUAUAGUAUUUUUAAUAUUAUUUACAUGUCAAACCAAUGUUACCAAUAUAUUUAAUAAUAUUGGAUCUAGUAUUUUUAUGCAACCCAAAGUAAUAAUAAUUAUGCUAAAUAAUACGGCUAUUGGCAUUAUAACAAGCUUUUUCUUAAAAAACUUAAAUUCUAUAUUAAAGACAUUUGCUAGCGCAUUAGAAUUAGUAUUUACAGCCGUCUUAUGUUGGAUUAUAUUUGAUAUACCUAUUUUUAUAAAUACAGUGAUAUCUAUUGCCAUGGUUAGUAAUGCUGUAAUUUUAUAUUCUCAAAAUCCGGUUCAUAAUGAAAAAUCAGCAGAAAUAGAAUCUAAAAAACCGUUGAUUGAAAGAAUUAUAUAAUAGGUAAAAAUAUAAUGGUAAUUAUGAAUUGAUUCUUACAGCAAUACAGAUAAAAAUACAUAAUAUUAUCAUAAUAUUAGAAAAUAAUAUAUUAACUUUGGCUCAGUAUAAAUAAGCUACAUUUUUGUCUUAUUUAUAAUAAAAUACGUUUAUUUUCUUUUAUCGAACAAUAAUCAAAAAUUAAUUAAGAAUAUAUGAAUAUGAUAUUUAUGUAUUUUUUAUAGUAAUUGUUAAGUUUUAUUUUUAGAAAUUUAAAUAUAUAUAUAUAUAUUCGUAUUAAGUCUCAAUAUAGGAUAUCUACGAACAAAAGUAUAAAAACAUAUAUCGUGAAUUAUGAAUACGUGCGUAUCUGAUUAAUUACUUAAUUACUUAAUUUUCACUAUCGAUUUAUAUGUAUAAUAUAUGUUAUGUAAUGAUAGAGCGAUAACGUUAUAACACCGAAAAUGAACAAUAUGAACAAAUCCGAACAAAAUAAACACAAAUAUUAUAAAGCUAUUAAAAAUGACGAUAUUAGUUGAAAUAAA